CACUACGGAUGAUGGCCAGGUCAUGCGGUUUUGUGUUUCUGUUUAGGCCUCAUUACAUUUUUGACACUGACAGCGCUCGUAUUGGACCACACCAGUCACCACUCCUACUAGCCAAAGUGAAUGCGACGAGAUAAUGUUGAGCCACUGGCUGUAAGCGGCCGGUGACUUGUGUGUACUGGAAGUGGACUUGGGGGAAGCUGAUACCGUAUUCGGUUUCCCCCCGGUUCGAGGAAAUGGAGAUUACGGCGGAGGCUGAAGCCGAGGAACGCAGGCCUGAUGACGUGACGGCCCAUACAUAGUACGGUGUAGCCCGGGCUAGAUUCAUCUAACCCCCUCAGUGAUCGAGAUACAGUACUGUAGGAGGGAACACUGGAAGCUGCUCUCCAGUCUAAAGACCACGGUGGAGGGCCUGGUGUCCACCAACAACCCUAAUGUGUGGUCUCGCUAUGGGGGUCUACAGCGGCUGCACAAGGACAUGAACCACAUCCUCAGCCAUGGCCUCAAGCACGAGCAGGUGUACUACAAGCAGAAAGACUACUGGCCCUUUGUGUGUUGUGUCCGCUACAUCAGCCCUCACCUGGCCUCACAUGUAGAACAGUUCAGUAAGCUGGAGCCCGUGCUAAACAGGGGUGUACAGAGUGUUGGGGAAGGCUACAAGGCCGAGCGCUGGCUAUUGCACAGCCUUCAGGUCCAUCUGCUCUCCGCCCAGCUCAGACCCCUGCUCAAACACCAGGAACACACCCGCAAGUACUACAACGAGGAUGCUUUUCUCCUAAAAGAGCCCCAUGUGACGGCCAUGUUUCAGUAUCUGGAGGCCGUGGAGCAGAACAACCCCCGUUUGCUUGCACUCGUUGACACUGUCAAGCUGUCCACUCUGAAGGGCCCUCCGUGUGUGGGAGGCCGGUUGAAGAGCCAGAGUCUGUGUGAGCUGCCUGGGGCCGGGGGAGGCUGGAGGGCCGGGCUGGGCAAGAGCCAGGGGCCCCCCAGGGAAGAGCUCAACUGCAGGCUCACCACCUCCCAGUGCUCCCUCUCCCACCGAGACAGUGGACACACACUAAACAGCAUAAACACAGGGGUCAUCUCAGAGAGGAACUCGGGUGAGGAGAGAGAGAGAGAGAGAGAGAGAGAGAGACGGUCGGCCACAUUAGAGAGCAACACAGACUCCAUUCCGUCAGCCAGUGCCCCGGGGGCCCCUUGGGGGUGCGUGUCAGGGUCCGGGGGGGAGGGCGAGAGGGGUGUGACUCCUCCCCGCCCCUCGGCAGCUGUCCCCCACAUCGCCCUGACCGAGCCCGCCUCCCCAGGCCCUGCCCACUCAGACACCCUAGACUCUGGCGAGGGCGACGACGGCCCAGAAUACCUGGCCAUCGGUAACCUGGUGCAACGCUGCAAUCGCCGUGACUCCGAGAGCUCCACCCCCAUCAGCGAGCCCAGCAGGAAUCCCGGCGGGGGUGGCGCAUCAGGUGGCGAGGUUCAGGUCCAGCCCCCUAGGCGGAGCUCCCUGACUGUGGUCCCGCCUCCCGCGCCGCGAAGGUCAUCCUUCUCGGAGGGACAGAGGGGGCAGGGUCGCGGGGGCAGCAGGGGGCAUAUCCGCUCGAUGUCUGACAUGGGGAUCAACCACAAACAUAGACAUGGAGGGGGCCACAGGAAAAUCACCAUUAUAAUAGAGGACCCUGUAGCAGAAUCGUUGGUUGGAGUGGACUGCUGUGUCAAGGCCUACAGCCCCUUCUCCCCUGUCAUCAGUGAUGUCAGCACACCCAGCUCCCUCUAUAUGGAGUCAAAUGGCUCCCAGUACAGCAGUGUUCCAGACGGCAUGUUCCGGAAGCCGUCAGAGGGCCAGAGCCUCAUCAGCUACCUAUCGGAGCAGGACUUUGGCAGCUGUGCUGACCUGGAGAAGGAGAAUGCCCACUUCAGCAUCUCUGAGUCUCUGAUUGCCGCCAUUGAGCUGAUGAAGUGCAACCUGCGGCGGCGGGAGGAGGAGGAGGAUGGCGACGACAGCGACUCAGAGAUCCAGCAGUUAAAACAGAAGAUCCGCCUGCGCAGGCUGCAGAUCCGACGCACCUGCCUGCUGCCCUCACAGCACUUGUUCCACUCCACAGACAGCGGAGGCUCCUGCAGAAGCUCCCAGGAUUCCUUUCACAUGUCCGACUCAGGCUCUGCCGAGGAGGUGGAGGAGUGUGAGCUGAGAGAUGGCUGUGAGGGCCAGUCCCUGAUGGCGGUGUCAAGAAGCGGCCUUUCCCUGUCGCUCGCCUCCCUCUUCUCAGAUGCAGACAUAAAGCGCAGUGUGACGUCCAGUGGCCGCUCGUUCCUCACCUCAGAGUCUAUCUCUCCGUCGUUCCUCCAGUCUAACUCGGCUGAGUCGGUGGCCAUGGGGCUGCUCAGGCAGUUUGAGGGCAUGCAGCUCCCCGCAGCUUCGGAGCUCGACUGGCUGGUCCCAGAGCAAGACGCACCGCAGAAGCUCCUGCCCAUCCCUGACUCCCUGCCCAUCUCUCCUGAUGACGGGGAGCAUGCUGACAUCUACAAGCUGAGGAUCCGGGUGCGAGGGAACCUAGAGUGGGCCCCGCCCCGCCCCCAGAUAAUCUUCAACAUCCACCCCACGCCCAAGAGGAAAAUAGUUGUGGCGAAGCAGAACUACCGCUGUGCAGGCUGCGGGACUCGCAUAGACCCAGACUACAUUAAGCGAAUGCGCUACUGCGAGUACCUGGGCCGCUACUUCUGCCAGUGUUGCCACGAGAACGCCCAGGCGGUGGUGCCGGGCCACGUGUUGAGGAAGUGGGACUUCAGCAAGUACUACAUCAGCAACUUCGCCCGGGACCUGCUGGGCAAGAUCGCCGGAGACCCCCUGUUCAACCCCAACGACAUCAACAGUGGCCUCUACAAGAAGAACAAAGCCCUGGAGACUGUCCGGGUUUUGAGGGUCCAACUAUUCCACAUGAAAAACCUAUUCAAGACAUGCCGCCUAGCUAAAGACGUGCUGGACCAGUUUGACAGCCUCCCAGGUCACCUGACUGAGGACCUGCACCUGUUCUCCCUCAACGACCUCAGUGCUGUGCGCAACGGAGUGCUGCCCACCCGGCUUCGAGAGCUACUGAAAUUGGGUUCCGCGCACGUGGCUGGCUGUGUGCUCUGUCAGGCCAAGGGUUUUGUGUGCGAGUUCUGCAGCAACGACAAAGACAUCAUCUUCCCUUUCGAGCUGAACAAGUGCACACGCUGCGAAGAGUGCAAGGCGUGUUUCCACAGCAAAUGUUUCCGGGCAGGCAAGGAGUGCCCGCGAUGCCAGCGCCUGGCAGAGAGGCGGGAAAGGAUGGCACGCAAGAACAUGGAGGAGCAGGAGGAUAAGGAAGAGGACGAGGGAAGCGGGAGCUAGGAUGACGAACUGGACUGGAGAAAGAUUUUUUUUUUUUAAAGAGAACAAUGAUUUUACUGACUGACAGGGACCCUUAUUCUUUUAACUUUUCCCUCCAUCCCUCUCUUUUCCUUGAAAUUGCAGUUUCUGGCUACUGGACGAGCUCUGAUUUUUGUUUUUCGUUUGCUUUAGUGAAAGAUUCAAUUUUUUUCCCUUCACCCAAAGUGACAGGAUUCUUGCUUUUGUUUUUUGAAUGCAUUAUCAAUAUUCAAAAUAUCAUAUUAUAUUCAUAUAUUGGCUUGAUUUUUAUGGUUUGCUGCUCUGAUUCCAAGUGCAGAUAUCAUAAUAAAAUAGAGUCCUGCCAUGUACAGUAUGUAUAGAAGUGGUAAUUUUAAAUAGAACAAGGUUCAAGAAGUACUGAAAUGUAAGUACUUAUUACUCCACCUCCAUGUUAUGCUAUUUUAGCCAACCCUAUGUGCCUCUGUCACCAAUGUUCUUAUACUGGCAAAGAUAGCGCCCCAUUUGGUUGUUUAAGAGGAGUUGGAAUGACAGGUCUUUGGAGGGAGUCUCUCAAUCAGUAUUGCACAGAGUUGCGAAUAUUUUAAGAUGAUGCAGUGGAGACAGCAUGUUUGUGCUGCUUUGUGUGCAUGUGUAAAAGGUGAUAUAUGCAUCUACUAAAAAGGUGUGUGUGUGUGUGUGUGAGAGAGAGAGAGGUUGUCUCUGUACCUACUGCAUCUGUGCAGAAAUGUUUUGCACCAGCCUGAUCAGGCAAUUAAAUAUAUAAUUGUUUGUCUUUGUGUAAAAUAUGAAGUCUUUGUUAUUUUUAUUGCACUUGUAUGUCUGGGGUUAGGGAGGUGGCAAGUCACUCUCGGGCGUAUUGCUGAUGUUCAUCUCACACAAAGCACAUAGGUCCUCUAAAAUGUGAAAGCCCUUUCUCGCUCUUCUUACUUUGCCUCGUAUUGCCAACCUGAUUCUGUUUUGCUACAUGGAUUAAACUUUGGCCUCUUGGGCUGAGGUCCAAUGUUCCAAAAUGGCA